AGCCGCGUCAGCUGUACCGCGCGAGAAAACGGGUGAGUUCUCUCUACCAAGACUCACAAGAUUUGUUUGUGCAAAUAAUCGAACGGUAUUUCAAAAAAAAGUUCAUCGAACCGUCACUGUGAAAUGUGGCUUCGAAUUUUGCGAAACCUUCUUUCAAAUAGGACUUUUCACGAGAAAAAAGCGGUGUGCCGAAUUCCGGCGAUUUUUGCGCGCUAGCGGCAACUAUGACCGAAGCCUAAAAUACUCGCGGCUGCCUGCCGCUACCACCACCACCAGACCAGCGUCCUCCAUCACCACCGCUACUACCGCCUCAGCAGCAGCAGCGGAUCCCCUGCCGCGAGUGUCUGCCUGCCCUGCCGACAACACUGUGCAGACUGGCAGAAAGGCUCGAUUCUCUCUUUUUUUUUUUUUUACGAAAAAAACACUCCUCGCACGUAUGUAGGUACGUGUAUGUGUGCGAGUAAGACUGCUGCCGCCGCCGCCGCCGCUGACUGAGAGGAGCGUGAAGAGCAGCAGCAGCCGCAAUACCGAGCCAGUCGUCCAUCUGAUACGCCUGCGUGUGCACACACGACAACGGAGUUACAAGUGUGUUUAUAUCAUUUGCUAUACUCGUCGUCGUUGGCACUGUGUCUGUGUUGUAUACAUACAAAAGGAAGAAAGAAAGAAAGAAAAGGUUCGGAGAAAAGUGCAGCGAGUUUUCGAAUUCGUAACGCGCUUGAACGUGUGUUUGUGUGCGCGGGUGGCAGCGCAGCGCAGUCCUAUAGUGCUCUCGCGAUCGUUGUCUUGUGUUGUACGACUUGUGACACAGUGAGGCAUCAUGAUAAUCUCAGCGGCAUCCACUGCAUCGCUCGUCGAUCAUCGUCGUCGGAUCGUUGAAAUAAACAGCAGCAGCACGACCGCACGUAAAUAGACGACGACGGACAGGACGGCGAGACGCCAUGUACAACGAUACGAAAGCGGAGUACAGCGUAUACACAUACGUACAGUCCGCGGAGUCCGGCAACAAUGAAUCGCGUACUCCACCGUGUAUGUUACAUUAAUACCGCUGAUGCUGCUGUUGUAAAUGCCACUACUGUCUCGUCGAUUUGAUGAAGAGAGAAGCUCCAUUAUUAUUAGUGGACAGCUUGUUGUUUUUGUUUUGAUUUAUUAUUGAAUCGUCGAUACACCACGUUGUGACGCGCACGAGACGACGACGACGACGACGACUCAAGUUUUUAUUUAUGCUGCUCCAACACAAGAUAAUGGACGCACAAUUAGGGAUGUCGCGUAACACGGGUCCCGGAUUGUACGAGUUCCUCAUGGAGGCCGAGCUCCAGCAGUAUUAUUCCGGCAUCAGAGGCGACCUGAAGGUCCACAACCCCGCCCAGCUCAAGUACGUGACGGAGGACGAUCUGGGCGGCAUCGGCAUGACCAAGCCCGAAAUGCGCCGCCUCAAAAAGUACUUCCAGCGACACUUUCCCCAGAACUACCUGUCCAAGUUCAAGAAGAUGCUGCUGCCGCGCAAGGACGACGCGCAGCAGCUCGCCGGCGCCCUGGGCCAGGGCCUGCCCGAGGAGAGACAGGACAGGCCGCCGGUGCGGGUGCCCAACAAGCACAUGAUACCCGCCGACGCCAUCAUCGUCAACAAAGAGCUCGGAACCGGUGAGUUCGGGGUGGUGCAGCAGGGCGUAUGGACGAACGACGGCGAGCGCAUUCAGGUCGCCAUCAAGUGUCUGUCGCGCGAGCGCAUGCAGAACAAUCCGAUCGAGUUUCUGAAGGAGGCGGCGAUCAUGCACUCCAUCGAUCACGAGCACAUCGUGCGGCUCUACGGCGUGGUGCUGGACACGAGCUCGCUGAUGCUCGUGACGGAGCUGGCGCCGCUGCGCUCGCUCCUGGAGUGCCUCAAGGAACCUCAGCUCAGGUCGAGCUUCCCGGUGCCGUCGCUGUGCGACUUCGCCGUGCAGAUCGCCGACGGCAUGCAGUAUCUCGAGGCCAAGCGGCUGAUACAUCGAGAUCUCGCUGCGAGGAACAUACUCGUCUUCUCCAAGAACAAGGUGAAGAUCUCGGACUUCGGACUGUCGCGAGCUCUGGGCGUCGGCAAGGACUACUACCAGACGAACUUCAACGUCAAUCUCAAGCUGCCGAUCGCCUGGUGCGCGCCCGAGUGCAUAUCCUAUCUCAAGUUCACGAGCGCCAGCGACGUCUGGGCGUACGGCGUCACGCUCUGGGAGAUGUUCAGUUACGGCUUUCAGCCGUGGGCCGCUCUCACCGGCCACCAGAUCCUCGAGGCCAUCGACGAGCCGAAUUAUCAGCGACUCGAGCAGCCCGACUGCUGCCCCAAGGACUACUUCAAUCUCAUGCAGAAGUGCUGGCAGCACGAGCCCACCAAGCGGCCCAAAUUCUCCGAGAUCAUCGCGCUGUUGCCCGACCUCAAGCCCGAACAGGUGCAGGCCGUGCAGGACACCAACGAGAUCGGCAUGCUCGUCUACAAGCAGAACGACGUCAUCACCGUGCUGGACAAGGGCUGCAGCAACACCAUGUGGAAGGGCGUGCUGGCCAACGGCAAGACGGGCUUCUUCAAUCCCGCGCACACCAUCGCCUACCUCGGCGGAAAUCUGCCGAGCAACGUCAAGCCCGGCGAGUUCCAGCGAGGUGGCGGCGGUGGCACCGACGGCAAGAACGGCGGCAUUUUCUCCUCGCAGAGGCGCAAGAUACGCACGGACAUGAUCUCGUCGCCGCAGGGCGACUUGAAGCACACCGGCCACGUGGGCCUCGACGGGGCCUACUUCGGCGAUCUGAGCUUCCUGGGCGGCAAGUAUCCCCACUUGCCGCGCCAGGUCGUCACGCCGUAUAAGCCCCAGGAGGACGCGACCGACAACAAUUCUAGUCAUCAUCAUCAUCAACAUCAUCAUCACGAAGCCGGUGGUAGUACGCUACGCGAGCGCACCAACGGCGACGGGAGCCACAACAAUAGGGAUUCAUCGAUCAGGGAUAGCAGGAGCUUGCAGCACAACAGCUUGUGGUCGGACUCGUGCUCGGAGAUCUCGCAGAUGGGCUCGGUCAACACCAUCAACAACAUGCCCGCCAACAUGGUCAGCAGCACGGACAGCAGCACCAUCUGCGGCGACCACGAGUACCACGAGAUCAGCGACGAGGAGAAUCAGGAGAGCCCGCUGCGCUUCGACAAGCCGUUGAGCUUCGACUUUGGCCCCAGUCUGAUGGACGAGAUGGAUCAGAUGUUUCGCUCGCUGGAUUCUUUGAAUUUAGGAGCGUCGCCGAAUCCGCCGCCCGCGCCCGCGGGCCUCCAGCAGCAACAGUCCUCCAUCGAGCAGCACGAGUCGAGCAACGCCCGCAACGAGCUGCGCGAGAUCCAGUCCAAGCAGACCGGCAAGAGGAAGCAAGCGACCGUGAGUCCCAUAAAUUGGCUGUGCACGAGCCUGCAAUCACUAUCAUCUACCGUUUCGUCGAUCGAGUCUCUGGGCGCUCCCUCGACGCUGAAACUGCCCCUAUGGGACAAAGCCUCGGCCGAGUUCUGCUUCGCCAAGUCGCGCGAGCUGCUCACCAAGCCGAAUCCGGCCUACUGGUCGUCCUACUGCUCCGACGACAUGGAUUACGAUCCGCAGGAUCUCAUGAAGUCCACGGAAUUCCUCGAGAACGGAAACGGUCAUCAUCAUAAUGAUCAUCAUAAUCAUCGCAAGAGCAUCGCCAGCUGUCUCGAGUUCGAUCAACUGCAGCAGUUCCAGCAAUUGCAGCAACAGCAGCAACCACCGCCCCCGCCGCAGCCGCAGCCGAUCAAGCAAAACGGCGCCGGGAAAGUCACCGGAAACGGCGACUACGACUUUCCGAGGGAUAAUAGUAGCAGUGGAAGCAACAACAAGCGGGUGAGCACGAGCUACGUCGAUCGCUACUUCGAGCAGCCCAAGUACGACGAGGGUGAUCAUCUGUCGUACGAGGACGAGCUCAGAAUCAACGAGCUCGAGCAGACCUGCCGCAAGGCCUUCAUGGCCAAUUACGACAAUAACCAUCGGGCGGCUGGUGGUGGCUUGAUCAUGAACAACGACACCGCGGCCAAGAUCGUGUCGCUCAACAAGUUCGAUUUGGGCGCGAGGCCGAAGAACGAGCAACAGCAGCAGUUCAUGGGCAGUCCCAGGCAUCAGCUCAACGGUCACAGCAACGGUCACGCCGAUCAGCAGCAGCAGCAACAGCAGCAGUAUCCCUACGCGAUCUCGAACAAUCCCAUAUUCAACGACGACGGCAACAACGGCGGCAGGCCCGGACUCGUCGGCCUGCAGAGAAGAAAGUCCGACGCCGACUGCAAUCAGCUGUACUCGUCCCACCAGAGUCGGGAGGUGUCGGGCCUCGAGAGCGUCAAGAAUUAUCUCGAGUCGAAGAAGGCCCAGCAGCAGCAGUCCGGCCUGAAUCUGGGCUUCAGCAAGCUCACCCAGAACAUGAUACAGCUGGGCAAGAACAUCGCCCAGAACACGAGGCAUCUGGGUGGUGGAGGUGGUGGAGCUGGAAUGAACGAGAACAGCAGCAGUAACAGCAAUGGACAUACUAAAUCAGGUGGUGGUCCGGUGCUGCAGAAGCCCAAUCAUCUGGAUCUGAAGCAGCAGUCGAACGGCGGCAGUCCGAGCUUGCAGAGGAUUCUGGAUCCGCCGAAGCUGUAUCAAAACAACGAUCGAAAGCUCGCCGAGAUCGCCAAGACGGAGAUCCUGGUGGAGCGCCUCCAAGCCUUCAGACCUCGCACCUCGUCGCUGUCGGAGAAUCGUCGACCGCACGCCAAGAACUUCCGCAGGUCGUUCCAUCAAACGAGCCAGCAGGAGCAGAACGACUCGAGCGACGACUCGGACUCGAUCUCGCACUCGGAGACGGACAUCAGAGGCCGACUGCGCAUGAAGCGACGCCAUCGGCGCGGCAUGCGGCUGAACUUCAAGAAUCAGAAGGCCGCGGCGGCUCGUCAGCAGCAGCAGCAGCUGGCCCAGAACAACUUCCUGCAUCCGGACAUGGCGCGUCGCUCGAACUUCGAUCUGCACUGCGACAACAAAUCGUCGACGUCCGCCGCGUCGAGCUUUCUGAGCUCGCUGCAGGCCAUGUCGUCGAGGAGCAGCUUGACGACGACGACCUCGGCCACGCUGACGCCGCAGCACAACAAUCUCCAUCAUCAUCAUCAGCACACGGCCAGCUGGCCCGAGAGCGCACCGAGCUCCAGCAUCACCUUCACCAGCAACUCGGAUCUGGAUUCCGACUCGAGCUCCGAGUAUCCGGAAUUCUGCAACGACGUGCUCACCUUUCCUCCGUCCCCGGCCCCGUAGUGUGUUUGACGACGAUCAUCGUCGUCGUCGCCCCCUCUGAAUCCGAUCCCCCUCCACCCGCCCAACGAGCCCAUGAGAAUAUUUUUUGAUUCGAUACCUUUUUAACGCUACGUAUACAUGAAAAAAAAAUAUAAGUAAUUUUCACCCAGAGCUUGGCUUAAUUAUGGAACUGGAGACGAGUAUGAUACUGCUUCUCUCAUUCACGUAAACUUGCACUGAUAAUAAUACUGUCAUUGAUAAAAAAUAUACUCGCUGAUAUUUUCCUAUCUCGUAGAAGUUACGUAGUUUGUGCGAUAUUUUCAUAUUUUAUUAAGCGACUCGCAUGCCGCUCGCAUUCACUUUUCGACACAGCUCGUGUACGAUAUAUAUACGUGUGUAGUCGUGUGUGCGUGUACCACCGCAUCUUUCGUGUACUUUCACGUGGAACGAGAUUUUGAUGAACGGCAUUGAAGCGUUUUCAAGUAUAUAAUAUAAAUAUAUACGUAAGAAUUAUGUACGAUUUUUGUAACGCGCUAAUCGACGAUAAUAAACUCUUUUUGAUACUCGUUAUAUUUACUGGGAAUUUUGUACCGAUCGUAUAUACAACGUUGCGGGUAUAAAUGAGCAUUUUUAAAGGCGUUAAAUGUUAAGUAUUAGCUUUUAAUAUACAAUAUGAUAUAUAUAUCGACCGGACAACGAUUCCGUAUAUUUUUAUUAUAAAGUUACUUUCUCGAUCGAUACCGACUAUAAACUCACGUUUUAUCGUUUCUUUUUAAGAUUACAAAAAUCGCAUUAGUAAUUAAUCGCAAGCUAUAUGAUACUAUGCUAUAAGUAAAAAUAAUCGUAGCUGUAAAACCUUUCUGUACAUAGUUUUGGCAAUAAUUUUGGGCAUUACCCGAUCCGCAUUUAGUUUUUUGGCUUCUCUGUAAGUAACGAUUAGUGACACGUAGUGCGUAGAAAAAGUUUUUGGAUACGACCAACUAUACUCGAGAAACAACCGCCUUACCGAAAAAAUAAAGUCCUGCAUCAUCCCGAUUCUUUCACCAAAGUGACCAGACACGCAUCGUUUAUAAAAAAAAAAACAUUCUGAAUUGAACGCAAUAAUAAAUUUCCAACGAAUGUGCAUAUAAUUAGCAAGUAGUCUGUAUAACGAUGUGUGCCUCUGUUUUUUACGGACAAUCACUGCUCUACUUCGAAACACUCCAUCGUAUGUAACAAUACAAAUGUGUGUAAAACCCGCUUGCAUGUGUAAAACAGUGUGUGCAAAACUACUCAUCCGCUCUUGUUAUAACUUUGUUUCUUCAUCGUACUUUUUUAAUUCACAUCUUUCUUAUUAUUUUUAUGAUUUAUCUCAUCGAUUAUUUCGUUAUUGUUAUUAUUAUUAUUUUUCUCUUCUCGCACCUUCCAAAAUCGUUUCUGAAAAAAACAAUACGUACCCAAUUGUCCCGAUCCCUCGGCUUAUCACUACUACUACCACCAACCACCACCACCACCGCAUUC